CGACCAAGCCUGGACCCCUUUUAAAUACCCGGCCACCGCUCGGCCCAUCGCCUCCAUCCGCCUGCUCCUGCCAAACCAUUCCCCCCCAAUCACCCUCGCAUUCACCGAAGCCUCCCCGCGAGCAUCGACCAUGUCGGCCUACUGCGGAAAGUACAAGGAUGAGCUCAUCAAGAACGCUGCCUACAUUGGCACCCCCGGCAAGGGUAUCCUUGCAGCUGAUGAGUCCACUGGCACCAUUGGCAAGCGUCUUUCCAGCAUCAAUGUCGAGAAUGUCGAGGAGAACCGCCGUGCCCUCCGUGAGCUCCUGUUCUGCUGCCCUGGUGCCCUCCAGUACAUAAGUGGUGUGAUCCUCUUCGAGGAGACCCUGUACCAGAAGACCAAGGAUGGCAAGCCCUUCGUCGAUGUCCUCAAGGAAGGAGGCGUUCUCCCUGGCAUCAAGGUCGACAAGGGCACCAUUGAGGUUGCUGGCACUGACAAGGAGACCACCACCCAGGGCCAUGAUGACCUUGGCAAGCGCUGCGCCAAGUACUACGAGGCCGGUGCCCGCUUUGCCAAGUGGCGUGCUGUCCUCAAGAUUGGCCCCAACGAGCCAUCGCAGCUUGCCAUUGACCUGAAUGCUCAGGGUCUUGCUCGCUAUGCUAUCAUCUGCCAGGAGAACGGUCUGGUGCCGAUUGUGGAGCCUGAGAUCCUUGUCGAUGGCCCUCAUGACAUUGAGCGCUGCGCUUAUGUCACCGAGGUGGUCCUUGCUGCCUGCUACAAGGCUCUCAACGAGCACCAUGUCCUCCUCGAGGGUACCCUCCUGAAGCCCAACAUGGUGACCCCUGGCUCCGACUCCAAGAAGGUGACUCCUGAGGUCAUUGCUGAGUACACCGUCCGCACCCUCCAGAGGACCGUUCCUGCUGCUGUGCCUGCCAUUGUCUUCCUCUCUGGUGGGCAGAGCGAGGAGGAGGCCACCUUGAACCUGAACGCCAUGAACAAGCUCAACACCAAGAAGCCGUGGUCCCUGUCCUUCUCCUUCGGCCGUGCCCUCCAGGCGAGCACACUCAAGGCAUGGGCUGGCAAGGAGGAGAACGUGGAGAAGGCUAGGGCGGCCUUCCUCGCCAGGUGCAAGGCCAACUCCGAGGCUACCCUAGGCACAUACAAGGGUGAUGCUGCUGUCGGUGAGGGUGUCUCUGAGAGCCUCCACGUGAAGGACUACAAGUACUGAUAUGCCUCUCGUUGCGUACCCGUGUUUGACCUGUCUGCCUACGAGCAUUUAGGUUGCUGAGUGUCGUUUGCUCCUUAGCCCUAUAUCCGGACGUCCAAAAAAGCCUGAACUUAUGCUUCCCUUUUGUGGAUGAUGGUUCGUUAUCUUCAUAUUUUUCGUAUAUUAACUAGUCUCUUUGGUGUUAAUCUCGUGUAAUUUGGUCCUGCCGAUGGAGAAUCGUGCAGCCACAUUUUGUUUAUCUUCGAUGUAAUGCUGGUCGUAUAUCGGCAAAACCAUUCUAUAUGCUGAGUUGGCUGGGGUGCUAGCGUUUUGCUCUGAA